GAGUGUCCGAGAGGUCUUCAUGUCACUGACACGAUGAAACUUGGCUCGUUCCACCAAGAGUGCUCAGAACUCCUUGACCACUAUAUAAACCCCCAUCUAUUGGAACCCAUAUCCAUCUAAUACCAGCCAUGUCUUUCAAAGCACCACCUUCCUCGCCACGUCUCCCCACUGCACCAUUACCCCCACUUCGUAUGCCGUUGAGCACACGGGGACAGGCAUCAAAUGCGCAGAGUAGUAUUCCGUCACAACUGCGUUCGAGUGAAGUGUAUCUGAGCCAUAGCAACGCGAAGGGCUCAAUGCCCAGUGGGCAUCAAAGAUAUGAAACUUGGGUGCGAUCUAAUCACAAUACCGCCCCCGGAUCACAGGUGGUGGAUGAGCUUGCUGGGCUAGGUACACUGAAGAAUCUAAAUGGUGGUAGAGGAUAUGGGGAAUCAGGAACGCUGUGGAGGGCUUAGCAUCUUUGUAUACCUGUUGUAUAAUCAUAACUUACAUAUAAUCCUGGACUCUAUUUCUCAUAAUUACAUAUCAGAAUCAAGUCUCCUCUUUGAACGGAAAUUAUCAGAAUAUAAACCCAGUGCAUCAUGUAAGGGCCAUUGCGCAAGAGACUGAAUACCGAGACAUGACAUCUCGAGAGGUCGGAGAUGCGGUCACAAGUGACUAUCUCCGGUGGUGGGGCUCGUGCGAAGAUUGUGCGAAUGAGUUCUCAUGCACCGCGAUACCAUGAGGUUUGAGGAGUCUACCGAGGGGUCGGAAAUUUUGAGCAACCAUAGACUGCGUGCCGCUGGUCGACUACAGUCUGAAAGAUAUACCAAGGAGUACGUGGACAAACUGCCACGCAACCACCCCGGAUAUAUGCCUUUACGAGCUAUCUGGCCUGCACAUUGUCAGGAUAAGGAAAUGAGGCAAACACCUGGAUAUCUCCUUGGCGCAUUGCAAAGAGAGAGCGUGAUAGAAGUCGAUAAAGCACAAAUGACGGUGUUACGCAUAUAGUCACAUAACUCUCUUGCUAUUCUGUUGACAAAUUUGCCUUCACCGAGGUUGAGUGUCUAAGCCAGUUCGUUUCCGGUGCCUGUGGGCGGGGGCCGACAGGACCCUGAAAGCCAAGCUCAUCAUGUUGGAGCGU